ACAGUCACAGGUUCCAUACCCCCGCCCGGUGUCACCACGGCGCCUUCCGCGGCUUCAGCAGCUGUCAGCCGGUGGGCCCGCGGCGCGCCGGCUCGUGUCAGGCCGGGAGGGCGCUGUCGGCCGCACGGGGCCGGUAAACACAGAUCGGGGGGCGGCCGGAGACAACCGAUCGGCCCGGCCGGCUCGCAGUGCUGGCGCGGCGGCGGGGUCAGUCGGUUGGGCUGUGUGCAGGGAAUUGGAGGGCUUCAAAGUCUGCAGCUUGUCUCAAGAUACAUAACACGGUCGUCUCGUCUGGGGAGCUGCCAGACCCAUCAGUGGAGCUGCCAGGCACGCCAGGUCGAAUCAAAGGACUCUGUUGACUCAAUAGUCUGAUUCGGGACUCAGAAGAGCUGCUUGGCCGUCGUCUAACUACACAGCGCUUCAGGAGAGCCACAGUCAGCCAGGAGGGCAGCAUCAUGGAGGAGGUGCCUCUGCGUAUCACGGGAGUGCAGACCCACGACCUGAGGUUCCCCACGUCUCUGCAGCUGGACGGCUCAGAUGCAGUGCACACGGACCCCGACUACUCGGCGGCGCUGGUAAUUUUGGAGACAAAUACAGAGCUUCAGGGACAUGGCACCACCUUCACCAUCGGUCGAGGAAACGAAAUCGUGUGCGAAUGCGUCAAGGCUCUGCAGUUUCUCGUGGUUGGGAAGACCCUGGACUCUAUCGUCGACAACUUCGGCAAGUUCUGGGACAACAUGGUCAACGAAAGCCAGCUCCGAUGGAUCGGGCCUCAGAAGGGUGUGUCACACCUGGCCACGGCCGCUCUGGUGAACGCCAUCUGGGACCUGUGGGCCCGCCGAGAGAGGAAGCCCGUCUGGCGGCUCCUCUGUGACAUGACGCCCCAGCAGCUGGUCAACGUCAUGGACUUCAGAUACAUCUCUGAUGUGCUGACCAAGGAGGAGGCGCUGGACAUGCUGACCAUCGACCCGGACGUGCAGAAGGAGCGGGAGGAGACGAUGCUGAAGGACGGAUACCCGGCCUACACCACCGCAGCAGGCUGGCUGGGAUACAAGGACGAGAAGAUCCGGGUGUUGUGCCGCCAGUAUCUGGACGCCGGCUGGGACGAGUUCAAGAUCAAGGUGGGCCAGGAUCUGGCCGACGACCGGCGGCGACUGCAGGUGGUCAGGGAGACCAUCGGACCUGAAAGGAACCUGAUGGUGGACGCUAACCAGCGCUGGGACGUCCCAGAGGCCAUCUACUGGAUGAAGGAGCUCUCAGAGUUCCGACCACUCUGGAUCGAGGAGCCCACGUCACCAGACGACAUACUCGGACACGCGCAAAUCGCCAAGGCGCUGGCCCCGUACGGUAUCGGCGUGGCCACCGGCGAGAUGUGUCAGAACAAGGUGAUGUUCAAGCAGUUCCUGCAGGCUGGCGGCAUGCAGUUCUGCCAGGUGGACAGCUGCCGACUGGGCGGCAUCAACGAGAUUCUGCCCGUCUACCUGAUGGCGCACAAACUCAACGUGCCCGUGUGUCCGCACGCGGGCGGUAUCUGUCUGAACGAGAUGGUACAACACCUCCAGGUGUUUGACUACGUCCGCGUGUCGGGUAGCACGGAGAACCGCCGGAUCGAGUACGUCAGCCACCUGUCGGAGCACCUCGAGACGCCGGCGGUGUGCCGCGGAGCACGAUACUUCCCGCCGCAGGAGCCGGGUUACAGCUGCCGGUUCCGGCCAGAGGCUCUCUCGGCGUUCCGGUUUCCCGAUGGCACAGAGUGGAAGCGUCUGAUCCGAGCGGGCCUGGCGCGUAACACGCGUGCCGACUGACUGCCGCCGUCCGCUCACCAUCGCGGUACUGCCGACUGCACAACCGGGAGCCGUCUGAGCGCCGCGAAACAGCUGCCCGGGGGACAGCCCGCUGAAUGGGGGGUAAAUGAGCGCUGGUCGGCUACCUCAGCCGGUUAUGUAGGUGGCUGAGGAGCUGGGCACAGCCACGGCAGGCUUUGGGGCCCUGGGCAUCAGCGUUACGCACAGAGCUAACAGCACAGAGCUAACAGGUUUGCACAAGGGACUCAGCUGGCCCCAGGUCCCAACCCGGCGACAUAUGCAACUCAGUGUGGUACCGGGCUGUCGAAACCGGAGGGGAUAUUGUGUGCAGUAGUGGUUCGUACGAGUCAUAAAAACGGAGACUUGCUUGAAGAUUAUGUGACGUGCAAUUAUGGGACCAAAUAACUAUUUAGUGAUAACGUGAAAUAUAAAUAGAACUG